AUGUUUGGAGGCCUGGGGCCUGGGGACUCAGGGUCCCAGGGCAUGGCAGGACCCCUGCGGGGCCGGGUGGAGGAGCUGAAGCGGCCGUGGUGGCGGGAGGCCUCACCACUGGUGCUCCAGCACAGUGAGGCUGCCCGGUUGGCAGCCGACGCCCUCCUGGAGCGGGGUGAGGCCGCCUACCUGCAGGUCAUCUCCGAGGAGCGGGAGCUGCCCUUCCUGAGUGCUCUGGACGUGGACUACAUGACCAGCCAUGUGCAUGGGGGCCCUGAGCUCAGUGAGGUCCAGGGACUGGAGGUCUCAGGGCCUGACCGCCUCAGCCUGCUCUCUGAAAUCACCUCAGGCACUUACUUCCCCAUGGCCUCCGACAUAGACCCCCCGGACCUGGACUUGGGCUGGCCUGAGGUUCCACAGGCCACGGGCUUCAGCCCCACCCAGGCUGUGGUUCACUUCCAGCGAGAUAAGGCCAAGAACAUCAAGGACCUUCUGCGCUUUCUCUUCAGCCAGGCCCGCACGGUGGUAGCUGUCGUGAUGGAUGUAUUCACUGACAUGGAGCUUCUAUGUGACCUCAUGGAGGCCUCGAGCCGGCGUGGUGUCCCCGUCUACCUGCUUUUGGCUCAGGAACACCUGAGGCACUUCCUGGAGAUGUGCUACAAGAUGGACCUCAAUGGGGGGCACCUGCCGAAUAUGCGUGUGCGGAGCACAUGUGGAGACACAUACUGCAGCAAGGCCGGCCGCCGCUUCACGGGGCAGGCCCUGGAGAAGUUUGUGAUCAUCGACUGUGAGCAGGUGGUGGCAGGCAGCUACAGCUUCACCUGGCUUUGCAGCCAGGCCCACACAAGCAUGGUGCUGCAGCUGAGGGGCCGCAUCGUGGAAGACUUUGACCGGGAGUUCCGCUGUCUGUAUGCCGAGUCUCGGCCUGUGGAGGGCUUCUGUGGUGGUGAGGAUCCCGUGUCUCCCAGGGCACUGUGUCCUCCCACGGUGCCCCUGGGCUUCCGGCCCGGUGUGUCGAGCCCGGCAUCCUCCUCACCCUCCAGCACCAGCCUUAGCAGCAUCAAACGCUCACCUCUAAUGGGCCACUCUUCUUACCUCAGUCCGCCAGGAGGCGGUGGCUACAGUGACACGGGGAUCGGGUCCUCACCCCUGGGCCCUGCCCACUGCGAGGCCAGUGGCCAGCCCUCUCUGAAACGCCAGCUGUCAGACCCUAACCAUGGCUCCCUGCCAGGGCCCUACAGGUCCAAUCUAGGAAAGCUGGGGGUGUCCCCAUGGUCCCAAUCCUCCCCUGCCCUCAACCACAGUGGUGCCAGCCCCCUGACCCUGGCAGUGAGGUCACCUCUGCUUGCUCGCCAACGCCCCCUCCUCCCCUUCCCCCAGGGUGUUGCAGCCCUCUCCCGGCUCCCAGAGAAUGAGCUCCUGGGAAGCCAGGAGUCUAGUCCCCAACGAAGUCGCUGGGUACCUAGUACAGCUCUGGAGACAGUGGAGGAGAAGAAGGUGUCUCUGAAUCAGAGCCAUGGCCAGUUGGAUCUUCUCAUCCCCUUCCCUAGAGCCAGAGAAGCUGGAGGCCCUGAUUCUGGGGUUAACCCCAACUCAGGCUCCCUCUGGCCUGGAGAUCAAACCUCAGAGGACAGGAGGUUUUCCCCCAAUGAGAGAUACAACCAGUUGGAUCUCCUGCCCCAGACCCAGGGUGCUGGGGGUACCCCUGAGUCAGGUUCCCCCAGAUCUGUUAAUCAAAUCCCAGAGGACAAGAGGCUGUCCUCAAAUCACAGCCACAGACAAUUGGACCUCCUGGUACAGUACCCCAAGGCUGGGGGCUCCAGAGUGCCCCCUGAAGCCAACUCCUCAGCCAGGGCCGGAAAGCAUGGUCCUGAUGAGCGACGACAGACCCUGGGCCACAGCCAGCUGGACCUCAUCACAAAGUUUGGCCCAUUCCGGAAUGAGGGGCCUGGGCCCAAUGGUCUCCCCAGACCAAGCCCUGCUCAAAAGGCUGGAGUGGGCUCUGGUGAUGAGAAGAGGCUGACCCUGGGCCACAGCAAGCUGGACCUCAUUACCAAGUAUCAUCAAUUGCAGGGCGCCAGGCAAGGACCUGAGCCUAGCCUCCCUGGGGGCUCCACAGGUGGCCAUCACAAUGGCAGUAGCAAUGGCCUAUCGGGGGAUGAGAAGCGGCUGACCUUGGGCCACAGCAAACUGGACCUCAUCACUAAGUACAACAAGUCCAAGUUCAAACUGCUCCGAAGCCGCUUUGAGUCCUAG